UCCGGGAAACUUUGGCCGCCGCUUGGAAAGCAUGCAGCGGCACUCCUUUCCCGGAAAAUUGCGUUAAAAGAGGGGUGGGAGCCGCAGGAAGUCCCACCCCUGCCCCUAGACGAAUCCCCUCCGAAAAGCUUGGCGCAUUUGCGCGGAGGUUUGCUCCGGAUCCGAGGGCGCCUUCGGGAAAGGACUGGAGAUGCGCGUCUGAAGGAGACUCCGCCCAAGAGGAGCGCAGGCUGGCGACCUUCCCCUUUGCGCCUUUGCGCGGCUGCACUUUCGCUUCCAAGGCUAUUCCCUCCCCGCGCGGCGCGUCAUCCCCGACGAGGAGCCCGUGGGACGGCGCGGGGCGAGCACCUGGAGGCUGCCGGGCCCCUCCUCCCCUGGCCGGGGAAGGGCGUCCCUCCGGCGUGCUGGCUGGCUGGAGCGCCACAAAGCGGGGAGCUCGCCAGCCGGCUGGUGGAGAGAGCGAGCGCGGAUUCUUGCUUGGCGCGCCUGGAGACCCGGGACUCGAGCAUGGCUUUUGGCAAGAGUCAGAAGGAUCCCUUUGGCACAGCCGUGGGGCAUCUGAUCGAAAAGGCUACUUUUGGAGCACUGCAGACAGAAGAGUGGGGUCAGUUCAUGCACAUCUGUGAUAUUAUCAACACAACUGAGGAAGGACCCAAGAAUGCGAUCAGAGCACUAAGGAAAAAGCUUUCCAAAAACUGCAACCAUGUUGAGAUUCGUCUGACGCUCUCUCUCCUUGACAUGUGCAUGCAGAACUGUGGCCCGAGCUUCCAGGCUCUGGUUGUGAGAAGGGAUUUCUGCAAAGACAGACUCGUGAAGCUGCUGAACCCAAGGUUCAACCUCCCUGUUGAUAUGCAGGAGAAAAUCCUGACCUUUAUCAUGACUUGGGCCCGAGGAUUUCAAGGAGUUGUGGAUGUCAGUGAUGUCAAGGAGGUGUACUUGGAGCUGCUUAAGAAAGGAGUUGAGUUUCCAUCCUUGGGAAGCAACAAUGGGACCAAGAAGCCUUUGCCUCCGUUCUCCACAAAAGCAUCAUACGGUAGUCCCAGGAGGGGCAUUUUAGGAUCCCUCCCCCCAUCUACAGUCAUAACACUGAUUCCUGAACAGAUUGGAAAGCUGUACAGUGAGCUGGAUAUGGUAAAGAUGAACGUGAGGGUCAUGUCAGCCAUCCUGAAGGAAAACGUACCUGGAUCAGAAAAUCCAGAUGAUAUGGAGCUUCUCCAGAAGCUCUAUAAGACGUGUCGGGUGAUGCAAGAGAGAAUUAUGGAGCUGUUAGCGACUGUGCAGAAUGAAGACGUGAUCACAGAACUGAUACAAGUGAAUGAAAAUCUGAAUAAUGUCCUACUGGGACAUGAAAGGUUCUCUCGAAACAGAGUACGCUUCUUGGAGAAUCAAAGGAUUCAGAACGAAAGUGCAGGGGUCAAUGGCAACCAGCCAUCUGCUCCUUCGUGUGAUUUGCUUGACCUGGCUUCAAGCUUUUCCACUACUGUGCCAAAGCCUGGGGAAGUUGGCCCUGCACCUCCUCAGUUUUCAGAAUUGAAUUGCCAGCCACAAAGCGUUGCUGUUCCAAGUCCCUAUCCCACUCAGCCACCACUUUACCCUCAAUUGAAUUCACUCGCAACUACAAAUGCUGCACACACUCCGUUCACAUCAGAAGCACAAAGUACAUGCCAAAGCUUUCCAGGUAGCUCCACAUACAUCAAUGUGAACACCUAUUUAAAUCCAGUACCUGUGCAUCCCGUAAGCCUUCAGAGUAAUGGCUCGAGAGAGGUGCCCCCAGCAGACGUAUCAAAAAGCAGUCCGCCUCCUCCCAAUUAUUACGAGCUAAUGGAAUUCGACCCCUUGGCUCCCAGUGACAAAACAGAACCUGUAUAUGAAGAAAUUGAUGCACACCUAUUCAAAGCAAGUGUUAGAAACAACACCAGUUGUUAAAAGCAGAGGUCCAAGAGAACCAGUACUUUACCAGUACUAGAGACUAUUUUGAUCACUCAAAACCUGUCAGUUCUGUGACAAAGAAUAGGAGGACAAUUUUUGGAAGAUGAUUUGGAUACGUCACACCGUUCAUAUGAAGAGAUUCAAAACCUAUCCUCCCUUAAGUGCAUUACAUUAAGUUCAGUUGAUCGCUAAGAAUGCAAGGUUCUACUUGUGCGUAUACUUUGGACCAAAGUCUACAAAUUCUAUACAGCAUGAACCCC